AUACGAAAUGCCAUGCUCGAUAAAUGGAGUAUUAAUUUAAUAGUACUAAAUCAAAAUACCAGAUUCUUCUGUUUUUGAGCAUUUCUUGACCACAUGGUAUUUCCAUAACUAAAUCUGAUCAUCUUCUUCUUCUCUGCUCUAUAAUUAAGUGCCCAACCCCUAGCUUUCAGAAGAUCAAAUUCAAGAACUAAUGGCUUCAAAUCCAAAGCUUAGUAUUCCAUGGAAGAUCAAGCUGCAUAUAUCAACACUGGCCUUCGGUGUUGACAUCACUCGUCGUUCCGAUGGCACAGUCAACCGAUUUCUCAUGAGUUUAUUCGAUGUCAAAUCACCUCCAUCGAAUAAACCAAUCAGCGGCGUCACAGCCACCGAUAUCACCGUCGAUAAAGCUCGUAAUCUCUGGUUCCGCCUCUACACUCCAAUCUCAGACGGAGACACUUCCAGUACCAAUACCAUGCCGGUUAUUUUCUACUUCCACGGCGGUGGUUUCGCUUAUUUAUCAGCCGAUUCCAAGCCGCUUGACGAGUUCUGUUACGGACUCGCUCGCUUACUCUCUGCUAUUGUUGUCUCCGUCAACUACCGGCUCGCUCCUGAGAAUCGUUAUCCAGCUCAGCCUGAAGAUUGUUUCGAUACUGUAAAAUUCAUCGACGAAACAACGUCGAUCCUAGGGUUUCCGAGCUAUGCAAAUCUGAAAAACUGUUUUCUUGCUGGAGAUAGUGCAGGAGGCAAUUUAGUUCAUCAUGUUAUGGUCAAAGCAAGUCAACAUAAGUUUCGCAAUGUAAAACUUAUCGGAGGAAUACUAAUCCAACCGUAUUUCGGAGGAGAGGAACGAACCGAAUCGGAAAUUAGACUUUCCGGAAAAGUUCCGUACGUUACGAUGGACCGUACAGAUUGGAUGUGGAAGGUUUAUUUGCCAGAAGGAUCCGACAGAGACCAUCCCGCGUCGAAUGUUUUCGGGCCGAAUUCCGAGUAUAAUUCCGGACAGGAAAUUCCGAUUCGGAUUCCCCCGAGUGUAAUUUUUGUUGGGGGAUUUGAUCCGUUAAUUGACUGGCAAAAAAGGUACUAUGAAGGGUUGAAGAAAUUAGGAAAAGAAGUAAAUUUGAUUGAAUAUCCGAAUGCUUUUCAUACAUUUUAUGUGUAUCCUGAGUUGCCUGAAUUUUCAUUGUUUAUUAACGAUGUUAAAGAUUUUAUGCAGAAGCAAAUUGUAGCAGCAGCAAAUAAUUGAAUUUUUGUGUUUUGUUUGUUGAAUAUGUAUUUGAAAAUGAUGUAUGAGUAGCAGUUGGCUUAUAAAUGCUGAUGAUGGGUUGGUUAUAACUAAAGAUAUUAUGUACUUGUUUGUCUAGAUGUUUCCAUAAUUCAAAUUAAAUUGUGAACUUUAAA